UGAAUUCCAUUUUAAUAACGUCCGGUAUAGGUUCACUGCACUCUAGUAGGGAACUAGAAAAUCUCGCCGAUCGUGAUAGGUGAGGCACUAAAUAAAUUCGAGUGACACCUUUAUGAAUUGGUAACUGUUAUCUGUUCCGAAGCGAGAAAAUAAUUCAUAUUAUUUAACAGCUGAUUUAGACGCGGGAAAUAUCUUGUCAGUUGCAAUACCUUUAUAGCAUAGUACCUAUAUAUAGCCUGGACUGUCAAGUCAAAGGUCUUAAAGUUCCAAUUCCAGCACGAAAGACAGUUUUUUGGAGUCAAGCUGAAAUGUCGCUGCCUGCCAGUAUUCACAGACCAGUCAUGCGGCGCUCCACAUCAAUAGAAACAGUUCUACAGACAACGAUUACCAUUGCGACUUUUGUACUCACAUUCGGCCAGAGAUCAGUAUCGUCAUUUUGUCCACUAAGCUACCAAAUGAUCGGCCCAGUGUGCGGGAACGACGGCUCCACAUACCCAUCGAUGUGUGAACUAGAAGCCGCUAGACUCAUCGAUGACUCCUUAGACGUAGCUCUCCUUCAGCCCUGCAACGACUACUGCAACGAAAAGUGGGACCCAAUAUGUGGCACAGACAUGGUCACAUACGCCAACCUCUGCAUGUACGAACACGGUGUGAAAGUGAACAAAGAUCUCAAAAUCCUCCACGUUGGCCAAUGUUUGACACCACUGUAUGACGAAUCGAAACUGGAUUCCGCAGAAAAUGACUUAAACCCAUUUGUAAUUGUAGGUAAAUAAAUUCUAAGCUAGUAUCUUAA